GCAAAUGAAAAAACAAAAGGUUAGGGUAAUGAUAGGGAUGACAACUAGUUCGGACGGGACAAGUUUUCGUAUAUUUGAUUUUCCAAUUACAGGUUUAAAAUCUCAAAUCAUUUUGCAAGCAAGCGGCUCGAGGUCGUAGGAUUUGCUCAAGUAGACUAACUUGAUAUUAAACCAUGUGCAUAUAAGAACUAUGAAAACCCGCUUGAGCAUCGACUCCAUUAGAGUAAAAUAUUGAAAUGUUAUGGUCGUUGAAUGUGUUCAGGUUGGUGUACAAAAAUACAGACUGAAUUCGUGUAAUGUUGCCAUACUCUCCCACCUGGAGUUGACGAAGUAUGAUUAAGAGACAAUCUAUGACUCCCACCUCGUGCGGCCAUGUCCCUUUGCACAUGGGAGGGAAUUAAGUUGUGGACUGCGGAGAUGGCUAACAUCUGUCUGAAAUAAGAGUGACAAAUAAUUAAGCUACUAGCUACGUAGUGUGAAUAAUUAGAAUCCACCUGGUCAUGAUUCCAUUAUAUGCCCAAAUAAAAUAGUGUACAUUACAUGUGUUUAUGUUGAGUCUAUUGAUGACUAAGCUCCCAAGAAAAGCACCUGCUUUUGCUAAUUAAGCUCAGGUAUAGGCUGAUUCAACGAACCUAGUUGGUUGAUUAUCAUGAAAUCUUUCUAUAUGGUAAAAGCAUCAACGCAAGUAAAUAGCUGGCUUGCUACUAGCUAUCCACAUUUUGUGAAAGUUUGCCCAUUUUGCAAUUUUUCCAAAAACAAACCGGAUGCGGAAUCGGGAAAAUUAGUAAUUCAUGGUUCAGCAAUUCAUAAUGGAUCACACAAGGCUGAUAAGGAGGUUGGGAAACGAAGAAAAGAAUCACAAAUAACAUUGGUUAUUUAGGUUGGAUGGUCUUAUUUAAAGUUAAAGUUUUUUCUCUUAAUUUUUUUGGUAGUUAAAAUGGUUAACUAGUGGACAAGUAAAACCGCAGUUGUUCAUCUGUUCUCAUGUCUAACCGUAAAAAUCAUUUAGUCCAUCGCAAUCCGAAACGUUAUUAUAUCUACUUUGCUGUUUCUACGGAUCCAACCACUGAUCCGGUUCGGUUCUUAUGACAAUGAGUCUUAGCAUAAUUAGAAUGCUCAUCACUCAAAAGUCUAACCCGAGGGUGGAGCUCGAACCGAACAACCCAAUUGAUCGAGCCGUUUUCUUGGCUUCGUAGAGUUCCCUGACCCUUCGGGCGUCAAGUCCAGACUUAACGAUUUGGGGCCUUCCUUCUCUUUUCCCGCCAAUUUGCUCCGUCGCUAUUUUCCAGUUCUCUCCUUCUCAGAGAGAGAGAGAGAAGGGAAAGCAACGAGCUGGAAGAACAGAGAAAAAUGGCGAGGGCGGUGGCCGUUACGCUUCCGUUUCUGUUCAUCCUCGUUGCCGCCAUUGUCGAGCAAUCAAGAGCCCUCACUGUCCCACCGCAACUGUACGACUUCCCGCAGGCAAUCAUUGCCUACAAUAACGAACCUCUCGUUUCCCCAUCCGCUUCCCCUCCCUUUUCCUCCCUCCGAUCAGUCUCUCCGUCGCCCUACUCGAUUUCCCCGUCUCCGGCUUCCCCGCCGCUUGUUCCUGCCUUCUUCGUAAUCGGUGACUCCGCCGUCGAUUGUGGCACCAACAACUAUCUCGGGACCUUCGCGCGCGCCGACCGCCCUCCCUACGGCAGAGACUUCGACACGGGCAGGCCCACUGGAAGGUUCUGCAAUGGAAGAAUCCCAGUCGAUUUUCUUGCACUGCGCCUAGGGCUACCAUUUGUUCCAAGCUAUCUUGGGCAGAAGGGAACUUUGGCAGAUAUGAUCCAUGGAGUGAACUAUGCAUCAGCUGGUGCUGGCAUUAUAUUCUCCAGUGGCUCAGAACUGGGUCAAAGGAUAUCCUUGACUCACCAAGUUCAGCAGUUCACCGACUCGUUACAAACAUUCAUCUUGAACAUUGGAGAGCAAGCUACCGCAGAUCUAGUCUCCAGCUCGGUCUUAUACAUCUCGAUUGGGAUCAACGACUACAUUCACUACUACCUACCUAACAUCUCCAAUGUGCAAGACCUUUACCUCCCAUGGAGUUUUAACGAGUUUUUGGCAUCUUCAAUGAGCCAGGAAAUCAAGAACUUGUAUGAUAUGAAUGUGAGGAAGAUGGUGAUAAUGGGGAUGCCUCCAAUUGGGUGUGCACCUCAUUACCUCUGGAAGUAUGGAAGCAAGAAUGGAGAAUGUGUGGAGGAGAUAAACAACAUGAUUACAGAGUUCAACUUUCUUAUGAGAUACAUAGUAGAUCAGCUGCAGUACGAGCUCCCUCAAGCCCAGAUAAUCUUCUGUGAUGUUUAUGAAGGUUCCAUGGAUAUCAUUCAGAACCAUGCAAACUAUGGGUUUACUGAGACCACAGAUGCUUGCUGUGGCUUAGGAAAGUACAAGGGUUGGGUUAUGUGCAUCGCACCAGAGAUGGCUUGCAGCAAUGCCUCGAACCAUAUCUGGUGGGAUCAAUACCACCCAACAGCUGCAGUGAAUUCUAUAUUGGCAGACAAUGUAUGGAAUGGCUUGCAUACUCAGAUGUGCUAUCCCAUGAACUUGGAAGACAUGGUCUCUGCUAGACCGAAAUGAUAUGUUCUCGAAGCUUCAACAUUUGCUGGAGUAUGUGAAUAUUACUGUUGUCAUUGUCAUUUUGGUGAAAUUUACAUUGUUGUUGUUUUGUUAAAGCUAACACAGAAACAUCACAUUCAUACAGAAGCACUGAGUCCAUGAAAAUUGGUGGAUUGUGUUGUAUAGAUCAGAUCUCACUGAUAUGUUACUUGUCGAUUAGUUUGUAAUUGUAAGAAAUGUGCACAUUUCAG